AUGGGAUUGGGAGUAAUCAUUAGAGACUCAGUAGGCAAGCUGCUAGUUGUGGUGACAGCCCCCAAGGACCAUAUAUCUACUGCUGCUCAAGCUGAAAGCACCGCUCUUCUUAGAGCUAUGGUCAUCUGUACUGAACUUGGGUAUUACCAAGUUUGUUUUGAAGGGGACGCCAAGGUGGUAGUUGAUGCAGUAAAUUCCAAUAAUGAAGAUAAUUCCUGGCUUGGACAGAUGACAGAAGACAUGCAGCAGAUGAUGAAAAGGAAUCAAGCAUGGAGUCUUAAGUUUGUAUUCAGGUCAGCAAACAAAGCUGCCCAUACGGCAGCUCAGUUUGCUAUAAGGGAUGUUGGUGAAAAAGUAUGGUUCGAGAAUGGUCCAGUUGAGGUCUGUAACUCUGUAUUGGAGGAGGUUGUUAUGCUUGAUGUAAUAUUACCUGUUUAA